AAAGCAGACCGGCGAUCCUCAGCUCCUGUGGGCGGAGGAUCGCCUCAGUCUGCUUUUCAUAAAGAAAAGGUAAGUAUUUUUAAAAUAAAGCUUCAAUGUAAAGUUUAAUGAAUGAAAGUGCCCAUCUUUUUAGAGUAUUUUUUUUUUAGAUACCAGGCACUUAUUCAUUAAAGUUUACAUUCACUUUAAGAGUUGCACAUGGCAAAUGUAUUUUGUAUUCAAGCCUUUAGGAUAAUUUUAAAAUGAUGGCUUGCUGGAUUUGUCGAGACCUGUAUUAAUUGUUUUUGUAAACUUGCCAUUUACUAGUGUUCUAAGGCUUGACUUAAAUGUUACAUUUUUAAAGGGAGUUUGACCAGUCAAAACCAAGACUUUCAAAACAAAAUGCCAAGAUAAUGCUUUUGGAAAACACUCAAAUUUUACAUUGGAUUGAUUGUGGUUUUGGAAGACCUAUCACUGGUGAAUUUGGUUCAUCAGGAUAUGAAAUGCAUGUUUAUGUUGAAAAUAAAGUCAAUUUGAGGGUCAUUCUCCAUUGAAAUUAAAAAAUAAUAAAAAAAGCAAAGGAAUGUUAACACCACAUUUUAAUUUAUUUUUCUUCUAUUUCAUUUCUCUCUCCUCCUCCCCCCCCCCCCCCCCCCCCUCCUUUUCACAUGUGCUGUUGACCAUACAGGGCUGUGGAGUUGUGGAGUUCAAGGAGAUGGAGUCUGUUAAAAAAGCUUUCGAAGUGAUGAACAAACAUGAUCUUAAUGGGAGACCUCUUAAUGUUAAAACGGAUCAAGAUGGUGAGCAUGCUAGAAGGGCUCUGCAGCGUGGAGGAGCACAGUUUUCUGGCGGACAUAACACUGAUAUGGGCCAUAGUUUAAUUAAUCUUCCUCCUUCAAUUCUUAAUAAUCCGAACAUCCCACCCGAAAUAAUCAGUGCAUUGCGUGCUGGACGUCUUGGAACAACUAUCUUUGUUGCUAAUCUUGAUUUCAAAGUUGGCUGGAAGAAACUGAAAGAAGUAUUUAGCAUUGCUGGAAAUGUGAAGAGAGCGGAUAUCAAAGAGGAUAAAGAUGGCAAAAGCCGUGGAAUGGGAACAGUCACAUUUGAACAAGCAUUUGAAGCUGUGCAAGCUAUUUCUAUGUUUAAUGGUCAAUAUUUAUUUGACCGAAUCAUGCAUGUCAAAAUGGAUGACAAAUCUAUUCCCCAUGAUGAUUUCCAUGCAAUGGAAUCUAAAGCACCUCAGUUACCUCGUGGUCUUGGUGGUAUUGGAAUGGGGCUUGGACCUGGUGGACAACCAAUUAAUGCUGCUCAAAUUAGCCUGGGAAGUGGAAUUGGAAACAUGGGUCCAGGAGGUAUUGACGGGCCUGGUUUUGGAGGCAUGAAUAGAAUGGGAGGAAUGGGUGGUAUGGAUGACUACAGAGGCAGUUUUGGUACUGGAAUGGGGGGCAUAGCGAGCAGUAUGGGAGACAUGUUACGUGGCGGAAUAGGCGGUAUAGACAGAGAUUUUGGGCGAAGCGAAAUUGGCUUAAAUCGUGGCUUUGGGGACUCCUUUGGAGGAAUGAGUGGAGCUAUGGUUGGAGGGUUUGGAGGAAUGACAUCAUCUGGAAUGGGUCCUAUGGGAUCUGGAAUGGGUAGUGGAAUGGGUUCUGUAAAUAGCAUGGCUAUGGGCCUGGGCAUGGAUCGAAUGAAUACCAGCUUUGAUCGAAUUGGCAGUGGCCUGGAGAGGAAUAUUGACAUGGACAGAGGCUUUGGGGGAUUCGGUUCUGUUCCAUUAGGUGGUGGUUUAAGAGAUCGGGCUAACUCUUCAAAAGGAUGCCAAAUCUUUGUUAGAAAUUUACCAUUUGACUUAACCUGGCAGAAACUGAAAGAGAAAUUUAGUCAGUGUGGUCGUGUAAUGUUUGCAGAAAUAAAAAUGGAAAAUGGUAAAUCAAAAGGUUGUGGGACAGUUCGAUUUGACACACCAGAGACGGCUGAUAAGGCAUGCAGAUUGAUGAAUGGAAUGAAAAUAAAUGGCAGAGAAAUUGAUGUGCGCCUAGAUCGGAAUGCAUAACUUCUAAUUUUGGCAGGCAACAUUCCCAUGUUUAAGUAUUUUUGUAAUUUUUUUUUUUUAAGUAAAAAUGAAAUCUUAGAACUGUAAAGGUUUGUCUAAAUGUGGUUUCAUUUGUUAAAUAUUCAAUAUUUGUUUUUAAAACACUGACCUUGGUCAUUCAGUUUAAAUGAAUGGAUAAACUGUUUUUAAUAAAAAGCCAUUUUUCUCAGCUAGUUGGAAAGUGCAUUGUGGGGUAUUAGUGUUUUUUUUUUUUUUUUUCUUUCUUGAUAAGAGAAUGUAAAGUUUGUCACCUAUUUUGCUUAUGCGCCACAGUUCUACUUUCAAACAAACAAAAAUAAACUGAAAUUUAAACGGUUUAGCACA